AUCGUAUCGAACGGCCAAGACAGGUUUCAGUUCUCCGUUUCUCCGCAAAACGGGUAAAAACCCACGGAAAAAUUGCAAAACCCUUUCUCCCAUCCCCCUCGCCACCGCCGCCGCCGCCGCGGCGCUCGCCGGCGAAGCCGACAGCAAACCUGAGCCUUCUGUAGACCAUCCCUAUCGGAGCCCCAACCCACACACUCAUGGCUCUCCUCCUCCGCCGAGGUGCCGCGCUCGCCGCCCGCUCCAUCCGCACCGCGGCCGCUUCCACCGCCGUGCGCCGUCUCCCGGCCGUGGGAUCCCUUGCGGGCGCCGGGAAGCUCGCCCCCGCGCAGCUGUUCCUCCUCGAGACCCGAAGAGGCUUCGCGAAGGGGAAGAAAUCGAAGGAUGAUCGAGGUGAUACAGUUCAGACCGGUCCUGACAUCGGUCCAACCGUCAAAUCAUGCGCCACUACGCAAAUGGAGGCUGCAGUAGUGGCGCUGUCGCGGGAGCUAAGUAAACUACGGACUGGAAGAGCUUCUCCUGGCAUGCUUGACCAUAUCAUCGUGGAGACUGCUGAUGUUAAAGUUGCAUUGAAUCGCAUCGCUGUUGUUUCUGUCCUGGAUGCACAUACCCUAUCAGUGAUGCCUUAUGAUCCUAGUUCCAUGAAGUCUAUUGAGCACGCAAUUAUCUCGUCUCCAUUGGGCAUUAAUCCAACACCUGACGGCAAUAGGCUUAUUGCAGCUAUCCCUCCAUUGACGAAGGAGAAUAUACAGGCACUGUGUAAAGUUGUUACUAAAUCGGCCGAGGAUUUUAAACAAAGUAUUAGAAGAGCACGCCAAAAGGCACUUGAUACAAUAAAGAAAUCUGCAUCUGGUAUGCCCAAGGAUGAUGUAAAGCGGCUUGAGAAGGAGGUUGAUGAAUUGACCAAGAAGUUUAUAAAGUCAGCAGAUGAUAUGUGCAAGGCUAAGGAGAAGGAAAUCACUGGAAGUUAAAGUUAUCCAAUCUUGAUGAAGUUAUGCUUUGUUUACCUGUCAGUGACUUCAAUUCCAAAUGUUGAGCGACUGCAAUUCGACAGCCGAAUCGAAGAUAUAAAUUUUCUUGUGCCAUUCUAACUAUACUGUUGCAGUUCAGAACAGUGUGAUGACCAGGGUAUCUGGCAGGUGGUGUUGUAAUUUUCAGUCACGAUUGAAAUUUACAGAACGAAAGUGGGUUUAGCUCUACACGUGAUUGACUCUGUUUACUUGUUACAAACCACCAUGCCUUCUUUUC